AGAUUUUUCGACCCAAGAAUGAUCGAGGAAUUCACCAAAAAUUAGUUAUACAUGAUGGUAAUGCUAAAAUAACAAAUUUUGGUAUUUCCAAAAAUAUGAAUAUGCAAAAUUCUACUAUUCAUAUCGGCAAUUUUGGUAGAAUUCCACAUGUAGAUCCAAAAAAACUUUUAGAUUUAAAUUUUCAAUAUGAAAAAGCUUCAGAUAUUUACAGUUAUGGUGUAUUGAUGUGGGAAAUUUCUAGCGGAGUUCCACCAUUUAAGGAUUUAAUUAGCAGAAGUGAUCAACAGUUGCUUUGCAUUAAAAUUAUUAAUGGAUAUCGUGAAAAUAUUAUAGAAGAUACCCCUGACGAUUAUAAGGAACUUUAUGAAAAAUGUUGGGAUUCAAUACCUGAGAAAAGACCAAGUAUUAAAAUAGUAUUAGAAGAAUUUAAAAAAAUGGGUUUUGGAAUAGAAAAUGAAGGUAAUGAGGAUUCAAUUCCUAUGGUAAAUGAAAUAAGCAAUAAGAAUAUUUCGGCCGAAGGACAAACCGAUGAAUUAAAUCGUACUCUAGUUACAGAUGAUUUAAGUAUAGGCAUAGUUGGCUCAAAAAUGUAUACGUUGGGCAACAAGGAGAAUAUACGGAAUUUGUUCAUGGGUACAUCAAUGGAUAAGUCGAAGGAAAUCAACAAUACUUAG